GCACCGCCCCCUAAUUCACUGCCACUUUGCACCUGCCGGCUGCGAUUCUCCCAUCACUCUGAGAUAAGCCGUCUCCUGGCGAAUCUGCAAAGAACCAUCGCAUACCUGAGGGGAUUAUCAAUGCGUCUUGUAUAUUUUAUGUAUGUGCCGUUUACAUGAUCUGCUUUUUAACUGUUGCAAAUGUCUUUGCUGUAGCGCAGCUUUGAACGACUUUGAGCAAACAGGUUGGUUUUUACACCUGAAGUGCGGACAAUAAGGAGUAAUAUUUCACAAAACGUUGCCUUCAGAGCGUCAUUAGCAUGUCAGGGAGCAUUUACAUACGGUAGGCAUUUAAAUAGGAGCCUGAUCUGAUCCAACACAGUAGCACGAACCAGAGCCUUUCAGAAGUGCAGGAGAAGAGCAGUAGAGGAAACUUCCAGCCAAACUUAACCCGAGGGAAGAAGUCUUCAAGUCUGAAGGAUCAAGUCUGCUUUGGCCGUUUGUGCCGAAUAGCGGGCUCGGAUGCAAACGUGUUGCAAACGGCGAUCUGUUGUGUUUGCAAAGGUGCUUUUUCUUUUCCACGCUUCCCGGCUCCUCGGAACUGCGAAGCAAGCGGCUGUCUGAUGGCUCCUGUAGGCGAAGUGGGGACCCUUUUCCAAGGGUUGGAUAGUUUCGGGCACGUCGGAUCUCAUUUUCUCCUGCCUCCUGCGGUGGAGAGCCCAGGGCCACUGGCUGAUCACCUGGUUCAGGCUGAGCGACUCUCCCGGAGCACCUCCGCGGACCUGACGCACUUACAGGGCAUUCUUCGGAGGCGACAGCUUUACUGUAGGACUGGCUUUCACCUAGAAAUACACCCGGAUGGCACAGUGCAAGGCACCAGAAAAGACCACAGUCGAUUCGGUAUUUUGGAGUUCAUCAGCGUUGCAGUUGGACUGGUGAGCAUCCGAGGAGUAGACAGCGGACUAUACCUGGCCAUGAACGAAAAGGGGGGACUGUAUGGCUCUGAGAAACUCACAGCAGACUGCGUCUUCAGGGAGCAGUUUGAGGAGAACUGGUACAACACUUACUCCUCCAACCUGUACAAGGGGGGGCGCUACUUCGUGGCCCUAAACAAGGACGGGACCGCGAGAGACGGGACACGGUCCAGGAGGCACCAGAAGUUCACCCACUUCCUGCCGCGGCCGGUCGACCCGGAGAAAGUGCCGGAGCUGUACCGAGAUGUGAUGGGAUACAGCUGAGGCGCAGCGACGCCUGCUUUCAGGGAGGAUACGUCCUUGGCGCCAGGUUACCAUGGGAACGAGGAUGCGGGCCUGUCGGCCUGGCGGUGCAGCAAGGGCACCCGAAGACUAGCAGGGGUGACCCGCAUCACAUGUGCAGGAGCGUAGGGUCCGGGAUCCAGCCGGACAGUUUGGUGACUCUGACGGGAACAGGCUUGAAACCUGGUGGUCCUGCACCGAGCUGUCGGAUGAGCGACGUGACGUGGGCACGCUGAGGGCUGUGGAAUAGCACUUUGCCGAAAGCCCCCGCUGGCCCUCCAUGGGAUUGUACCGCUUCCGAGACGGGAUGGGAGAGAAUCUGUGGGAUUUACCCCGGGCUACCGCGGUGAUUUGUCUCUGUUCAAGGGGAACUGUGAAGGAUUUACACUGCUGGGACUUCAAAACCAGUGACAGCAUUAGAAAGGGAAAAAAAAAGACUCACACAUGUAUUGUUUCGAAUGGUGUUAUUUAUGCAAUUCCCGGAUAUCUAUUUAUUUUAUAUAUUUAUUUAUUGGAGAGUUUAUUUUUUACUGAAAACCGGAAUUUACAUGAAUUCAUAAGAAAUAUAGCACGGCGUCAAUAUUUUCAUUGAUGCUCUAUCAAGACAAAGGCAGCAGUAUUUAAUUUUUAAUCCAUUUGAAAAUAUUUUCCUACUUUCUAGCCGAAUACUAAUUUAGAAUAUACUUACUGUAGUUAUCAGAAGGUUUCUGCUAAGGCCUAUCAGUGAUAAUAGUCUUCCCUCUUUCUUCUUCAAGAAAGCCUUCGACAUGCUGUUCUCUCUGCAGUACAAACUCACUUGGGAAUUAAAUGUUUGAAAUUCA